CACUCUUCCACCUAGAGAAGAGGAGAGAUGAAUAAUAUAAGUAAGAAAAGAAGUAUAGUGUGGCUGAACACGAUCCUGUAGUCUGUACAGAUCGUGAUUGGGUCACUUUGGAGCCCUAAUUCCUUUUACAAAUACAACCCCAGAUUUCGAUCGCUGAAAAGUGUUACUCUGGUUUUUGAUUUCGGAAUCAUGACAUACGCGUCUCACAUCUUCAGUCACUCUAAAAAGUUUAGAAAUGCUCCCAGCUUACUACGGCAAGAGCAUGCCAUCCUAGUGCGUUGGUUUUCCAAUGGUGUCCGCCCCUCUAUUAAUAUAGGAGAAGAUAAUUUGAAGUUUUGCCAAUAUGAUAAUAUGCCUGGAGAGAGACGUGCGUUUUGCAAGUCUUCCACUGGAUGCACUCGCAGCUAUAGAGCAACAAAUCUUGCCAUCGUCAAGAUAGGAAUACAGAAUGAAAAUGUUUCGAGGACGGCAAGUAAAAUGGAAACGCCGACAGCAGGCUUGGUGUUCCACAAAGUGUUUUCAUGUUUACAGGUGGACACAGUGAGAGGUUAUUCGACAGAUUCAGGCCUUCCCCCACACCAGGAGAUUGGGAUGCCUUCUCUUUCACCAACAAUGUCAGAGGGUAAUAUUGCAAGGUGGUUGAAAAAAGAGGGUGACAAAGUUUCUCCUGGUGAAGUACUCUGUGAAGUUGAAACAGAUAAAGCAACUGUUGAGAUGGAAUGCAUGGAAGAAGGAUAUAUUGCUAAAAUAUUACGUGGAGAUGGAGAAAAAGAAAUAAAAGUUGGUGAGGUGAUUGUCAUAACUGUUGAAGAUGAGGAGGAUAUUGCGAAAUUUAAAGAUUACAAGCCUUCUACAUCAGGCACUGCUCCUCCAGCUAAGUCCCCCCCUGUCUCCGCCCCACCUAAAGAAAAAGUAGUUGAGGAACCUGUCAGUUCAGCAGAGCCAAAAAUUACAAAGGACAGGGCAGCUCCUCCUGUAGGAGAUCGCAUUUUUGCUAGCCCUCUAGCAAGAAAAUUGGCUGAAGAUCACAAUAUACCUCUCUCGAGCGUUAAAGGAACAGGUCCUGGUGGACACAUUGUGAAGGCUGAUAUUGAAGAUUACUUGGCUUCUCAUGGCAAAGAAGUUUCAACAGCAGCCCAUAAGGUUGAUGCAAUGACAGCUGCAUCUUUAGAUUACAAAGAUAUCCCUCAUUCUCAGAUAAGAAAGGUGACAGCUUCACGAUUGUUAUUAUCAAAACAAACUAUUCCCCACUAUUAUUUAACUGUAGAUACAUGUGUUGACAAACUUAUGGAUUUGCGGAGCCAACUAAAUUUAUUAAUAGAAGCUUCAGGUGGAAAGAGGAUAUCCAUUAACGAUCUUGUAAUAAAGGCUGCUGCUUUGGCUCUUCGGAAAGUUCCUCAGUGCAAUAGUUCAUGGACCAAUGAUUAUAUUCGCCAGUAUCAUAAUGUCAACAUCAAUAUCGCGGUGCAAACGGACAACGGGCUGUUCGUCCCUGUCAUCAAGGAUGCUGAUAAGAAAGGUUUAUCCAAGAUUGCUGAGGAGGUCAAGAAUUUGGCCCAGAAGGCCAAGGAAAACAGCUUGAAACCAGAAGACUAUGAGGGUGGCACAUUUACUGUGUCAAAUUUGGGAGGGCCCUUUGGCAUCAAGCAAUUUUGCGCUAUAAUUAAUCCUCCUCAGUCAGGCAUUCUAGCAGUUGGGUCCGCUGAGAAGAGGGCUAUACCUGGAUUGGGCCCUGAGCAAUUCAAGUUUGCUUCCUUCAUGUCCGUGACAUUGAGCUGUGAUCACCGUGUUAUUGAUGGUGCAAUUGGUGCAGAAUGGCUGAAAGCAUUUAAAGGCUACAUUGAGAAUCCAGAGUCAAUGUUGCUCUAAGUCCAAUAAUGUUUCUUUUUUCUUUUCUUUUUUUUUUUUUUU